AUGGACGAAAUCAAGGUCACCUCCAAGCACCUGCAUUCGAGCGGUUUCACGGGUCGGAGAACUGACGCGCUGCUCAGCCGUGCUAUCUUUCGACAGGCCAUUCCAAGGGUUGAGCAGCUGUUAGCGCACUGCAGGGACCGCAAGAAGUCCCCAAAUGGCCUUAAUUCAGGUAAAGAGUUCCUCUUAGCAGGGGAAAUCACGGCAUCAGCCGAUCGCUACGAUAAGGUCAUUGUGGGGAACUACCAGGUCUAUGCCACGAUGUACAACAUUGGGGAUGAGGUCAUUGACCUGUGCCCAGACGGCAUCCAGAUGCUCGUCUUCGCAUUAUUUCGCAUUUGGUGCAAGUUGCAGUACAUCAGCCAGCCGGCCCUGCCGGCCCUGCACCGCUUGCCGCAGUACUUCCUACGCCUGAACGAGGCUUCACAGCUCAUCCUUCAUUGGGGUGCCACCCAACUCUUUGAGGUGUCUGUGGGCGGAUCACCGACCUGGAUCGGCGAUGCGGUGGCCAACCGCUUCACCCUGCGGUGCAAGGAUGGACAGAGUUUCCGUUGCAUGGCGCCUUUGGAAGCCCACAGUCCAAGGCUUGCAGGCGUCUUGUCAGCCGUCUCCUUUCUGUGUCCCAAAGCUUUGGCCGAGUCCUUGAUGAGCGACGUGCAG